CACUAUGGCCUACGCUUCACCGUCUAUCUUCUUCGAGAUGAUGCGUGAACUUGACGAAGGGUCAUACGACGUUACAUCUCUUAGAAAAGGGUUGCUGUCCGGGUCCUUGUGUAAUGCUGAGCUUGCUGAAAAGGCACGAACAAAGCUGAACGUCCAAAGUUUAUACAUAAUGUACGGUUCCACCGAAACCAGUCCAAUCUUCAGCAGCACAAAUCCCGAUGAACCAACGCAUCGCUGGAUUCGGACGGUUGGGACUCCGCUGGAUCACGUCGAGGUGAAAGUGGUGGACGCCGAAGGCAAGAUUGUUCCAGUGAACACGAGGGGAGAGCUGUGCACGCGAGGCCCCCACGUCUUCAAGGGCUACCUCAACGAUGAUGCCAAGACGACGGAAGCCAUACGAGACGGCUGGUACCACACAGGAGACGAGGGGACAAUAAGCGAGGACGGCCGGAUCACAUUUGUGGGCCGCAUCAAGGAGAUGAUCAGCUACAAGGAUUUGAAUGUGCCGCCAUUGGAGGUCGAGAACGUCCUCAACACUCACCCUGACGUGGAGGAGGCGCAGGUUAUUGGAGUGCCAGACGAAGCGGUGGUGGAAAAGGUUUGCGCCUGGAUCAAACUGCGACCACAUAAAACCUUAACCCAAGAAGAGAUUACCGCCUUCUGUAAAGACAAGCUGCCAUGGUUCAUGGUACCGGAAUGCGUGCUGUUCGUGAAGUCCUUCCCAAGGACUCAGACCGGAAAAGUUCAGAAGCACAAGAUGCGGGAGGAAAGCGUGCGGCUUCUCACCCAAUAAACUGGACAAAUACAGC